AUGGCGAUGGUUCCUUCACCAGCGGCGACCUGGCUUACGAGACAUUGUCAAUUGGGAGCAGCAAGGUUAAAGGCAUUGCAUUUGGAUGCGGGCAUGACAACGAAGGACAAGGAUUCUCUCAGGGUGGUGGCCUUGUGGGACUGGGAAGAGGUGGUCUCUCCCUUAUCUCACAGCUGGGUUCCAAAGCAGAGAACAUGUUCUCUUACUGUCUUUUGCCCAUCACCGACUCUUCUUCACAAACCAGCCCCCUCUUUUUCGGCGAGGGUGCCUUCCUUGAGCGGAGGAGCCAAGACUCUCCCACUCAUCAAGAGCAGUAUCAUUCCCACUUUCUGGUACAUUCCUAUUACAGGAAUCACCCUCAAUGGUAAGGCACUAGAUAUUCCUCCUGGAACUUUCGAUCUGCAAUCGGACGGCAGCGGAGGUAUGAUCAUCGACUCCGGAACCACUGUGACCAUUCUGGACCAGGUUGCCUACUCUCCUCUUAAGGAAGCAAUUCAGUCCGCCAUUGAUCUCACUCCUGUAGACGGGUCUUCUACAGGUUUGGAUCUUUGUUACCACACAUCAUCCGCUCACCUCACCUUGCCAACCCUCGUCUUCAACUUCAAAGGCGGCGUGUAUUACGAGUUUCCGGCAGACAACUUUUUCAUUCAGGCAUCUGAAAAUCUCUUGUGCCUGGCAAUGUUGGGUGAACCAUCGGGGAAUCCUUCCAUCUUCGGAAACAUACAGCAGCAAAACUUCCAUAUCCUUUACAACAAUGCUCAGAACACGCUCUCUUUCAAGCCCACUAAGUGUGAUUCUCUUUAA